AUGCUAACUCCAGAACAAGAAGAAAAGCUGGCACAAUUUCAGGAAGUAACUUCAUUUGAAGAUGAACAGACAGAUAAAAUCGUCCGACUUUUGGAACACACGUCGUGGAACUUAGAUCUCGCCAUUUCAAGAUUUUUUGAUGGCAAUAUUGAUGUUCCAGAACCGAUUCCAAUUGAACCCCCUCAUACAGUGGAGCCAGAUUUUGACUUUACCUCUUUCUCAUCAGAAAAUGUUCUUUUGUCCGAUAUCAUGCCGAAAUUCCCCAAAGCAGUGCCGAUUUCUGAUACUUGGAAAUUUCAUGGAGGCCUUAUCUCAGAUCAGAUUCCCCAAAGUACUCAGGUGCGUAAACCGUUCAAAACUGUCAUCUUUGUUUUCAUGCUAUUACCACGAGCAUUUUUCUUAUUGGGAACAGGCAUUGCUAAUUUACUUAACUGGAUAUUUCCCGGGUUUUUGAAGGCUCUUGAAGGUAUUAAGAAUCCAGAUGAAAUACCGUCUGAGCCAAAGUAUCAGUAUAUAAAACAAGAGGAAGGAGAUGGUUCCAAAGAAGCCUCUUAUUUGGAGGAUACGCAGCCACCAGCCAAGUUUGAGGACUAUUUUCAAUCUGUGAUUGGUGAACCUAGCGAUUUGAAUAUUUUCUCCGGUGAGUUCAAUCAGGCACUUGAAUAUGCCAAGACUGAACUGAAGUGGCUUCUUAUAAUUCUUGUCAAGUCUGGCACAGUAUCCACCACAAAAUUUUUAAAAAGAGUGCUGAAUAGCCCUGAAUUUUGUCGUUUUAUCGAUGAGAAUGACAUCGUGUUGUGGCUUGGAGAUGUUAAUUAUGCUGAAGCGUUUGAAGUGGGAAAGACAUAUGGAGUGCACACUCUACCACACAUUUCCCUUGCAGCCAAGGUCUCAGCCCUGAGUAACACUAUACCUUUGAUGUCCAUUGUUCACAAGUCACAUCACACCCAUAUUCAAAGCAGUACUCCGGAGAGAAUCUGCAAUCGACUAAAGACUUUCAUUGAUCAUUAUGAGCCUCAAUUGGUCAGCCAGAGAUAUGAUAAGCAGGAGCAAGAUUUUGCAAGGCUUAUCCGACAGCAACAAGACGAAGCCUACGAAGCUUCCUUACAGAAAGAUAGAGAACGGGAGCGUAUAAAAGUGGAGUUGAUCCAGCAAGAGUUGGCCAAAGAAUUGUUUUUAAAGUCCAACUGUCUCAAAAUAGAGGAUCACCCUUCUCUUAUCAAAGAUAGUUAUACUACUAUCCAGUUUCGUAAUCAUCAAGGGAUGCGAGUAAUUCAAAAUUUUUCACAAAGUAGCACCUUGUUUGACGUCUACGCAUUUGUUGAUAGUAAGAUACAUUUGCGAGAAGAAUCAGAGAAGAAAGGAAUAACCCAAGAAGAACUGCUUGCUGAGUUUAAAAGAGAUAUUUCACAGCUUUCGGAGAUUGACUUGUCCAAUUACGAUCAUUAUUUUGAAUUCGAGUUGAUUUCACCAUUGCCUCGUUAUAAGCUGACACCUAGUAAGGACAUAUGCUUGAAAGACGUCAAAGAACUAUGGCCUAAUGGAAGCGUUUUGAUAGAGAGUUUAGGUGACAAUUCAGAUUCUGACUGA